UAUAGGAAGAACAAUUAUGUGAAAUGUUUGGUUACACCAGCCACCUAGGAUGGGAGGCUGCAUAGGUAUAACGAGGGCAAGAAACGCCUCCGUUGACGAUACUACGGGAAAUUCCACAAGAGUAAAUUCAGGAAAUUCAAGAAAAAAUCAUCCACUAUGUCAUGAAGUAAUCAGGUGGAAAUCAGAUGUACCAUUGACAGAGGGUCAACUCAGAAGUAAAAGAGAUGAAUUUUGGGAUACUGCACCUGCAUUUGAUGGACGUAAAGAAAUAUGGGAUGCUUUAAGAGCUGGAGCAAUUGCAGCAGAAGCGCAGGAUUAUCAGUUAGCACAGGCUAUAUUAGAUGGAGCUAAUAUUUCUGUGCCAAAUGGUUUCUUAACAGAAUGUUAUGAUGAAUUGGGAACUAGAUAUCAGGUCCCUAUUUAUUGCUUAUCAUAUCCAAUUAAUAUUGUGAAAGAGGAUAGUGGAAGGGAUUCACCUGCUGACUGUUCAGAACCCAUUGAUAGUGGAGUUGAACAGACAUUAAAACUCAGAUUAUCUACUACAUUAGGUGAAGUCAAAUUGCCUGUUUAUAGCAAAGAUACUAUUGCAGUUGCUAAAAAAAAAUUACAGAGUCAAGAAGGUUUAGAACCAUCACGGCAAAGGUGGUUCUUUGGUGGCAAGUUAUUAGGUGAUAAAAUGCAUAUAGAAGAAGCAAAGAUACAACCAGGUUAUGUAAUACAAGUAAUUGUAAAUCCAGAAAAACUGGAUGACAGUCCAGUGAAAACAAGCUGAACUACUGUUAUACAAGAUACAAGUUGCAUUAAACCAUAUUUUCUGAUGAGCACAUUCUUACACACAUACCCAAGUAAGAAUACUUUUUUUUUUAAUUUUAUAUCUUGUCAUUGUUAAGAAUAGAAUAAAAUGCACUUACAGCAUAAAUUUCAUGAUAUACAUAUAUAUAUGUAUAUGUAUAUGUUUUUCUCAUAAUAUACAUGUAUAUAUAUACAUAUAUGUUAUAAUAAUUAGAUACUAUUGUGUUAAAAUUGUGGGUUGUGAUUAUUUAAUUUUUGCUAAUUUAUACUAGAUCAGAAAAAAUAUGCUGCUAACUAAAAAUAAAUUGCUACAAACGUCUAAUUACAAUCAAUUUUAACAUUAACACAUACGCAGAUAAGAUAGACAAAAAAUUGGCUAACGUAUCACAUUUAAUUCAAGACAGAAAUGUUAUAAAUUUAUUUGUUAGUACCAACGAAGGUGCUGGUGCUGUAACAAUUGAAAAACAAAGUAAACAUGUAGAAAAUUAUUUAUGCUGCUUAUUAAACCAUGUUGCAUAAUUAUAUAAGAAGUAAGUAAUACACUUAAAAAAAUUAUAACAAUAAUAAUAAUAUUAAUAAGAGAAUUACAUAAAUAUUGAAUAUAAAAACACAAUGGACAAUAGUGAAAAAGGAACAAAGUAUAUACUGCUUGUUACAAUACAUUUUCAUUUCAUUUUUUCUUUUUUUAAAUACAUUUCAUGUUCGAAAUUUUUUUACAUUUGUAGUAAUUAAUUUUAAUUUUGAUUGAAAAGCAGUUACUACUGCUUUUUGUUACACUCUUCAAUGAUAUAUAGAUUUUUGGUAUCUUUUCUUUUGGUAAAUUCUCGAAAUUUUUGUGAAUGUAUUAUGAAUGUUUAUAGGACGUAAGUUUGCAUUGUUUGGUAAAAAUGUCUUUGGUCUAUUAAAGGCCUAAAGUUUACGAUUCCUUCCUAUAAGUACUAAUAAGAUAUUGUAUUGUAAGAUCUAUACAGUUGAAUGAUGCACAGAGGAAAAAAAAACAUAAGACUAAUAUUGAAUUACAUGUGGUGCAGAAUUUAUAAUUUUUAUACAAUUUUAUCAGUACUAUCACUUUCACAUUCGUGUUAUUUGUGCUUAUGAUAAAAUGAUCAACACAGUAAAAUAAGUACUACUAAUUUAAUUUAAUGGCACUUAAUUCUUACUUCUGUCCCACAUGUUAUAUAAAAAGAUGGUCUAAAAUAUAAUUAUACAAAAUGACAUAUUAUAAGUGUGAAUUUAUUGAUUGUACUAACACAACAGUGAUAAAGUUUGUUUACAUAUGCAUUGAUCGUAAAAUUAUAAUAUAUAAUAUUGCGUGUGCGUGUAUGUUUAAUACGUAAUACAUAGAAAUAUAUCGGUAUGGAGAUAUAUACGUUGGUUCCACUAUUCUCAAUUUGAGUGUCAAAACAAAAGUAUUUAAUCUUAUAAAUAACUUAUUUAUAAAUUGGGUAAUUACGCGCAAUUUAAAGUAAUACAAUAAUUGGAAGCAAUUGUUAAGAGUAUGAACAUCAAAGUGUAUGAAACCCUGUUCAUAUAACAAGAAAAGAAAACAGUUUCAUAUUAUCUAUUAUGCAUUUGUUUGAUACACAACCAAAAGCAGUGUAACUAAAUGUUGCAUCUCUUUUGAAUUUAUAAAUUUAAGAGUUUUAUAUAUACCAUUCUUGUAUCUUUAUUGUGUUCACAAACUAUAGUUUCUUUACACAAAGAAAGAUGAUGUCUUAUUAUUGUAAUAUGUAAUGAUAUAUCAACAAUAUGCAAUCAAAUGAUAUUUUGGUUUUUCUCACCAUAUGAUUUCUUUGGUGAAGCAGUACCAUCGAUUAAAGUAUUAUUUUACAUGUUCUGUAAGUUCACAAUACACCAAUGGGAAUGGUAAUACCGCAUUUAUGAAAACGCAUUCGUUACCAGAAACUAAUUAAGACAUACAAUCGUUACUGGAAUGACAAAUUCUAUCAGACUGAUAUUAGUUUUGCAAUAUAGGAUUUGGGUUAUCUGCAAUAUACUGAAAGAGACUGCAUUUUAAGUUCUUUUUGAUUGAUAUUCAAACAGUACAGAAAGAUUAUUUUGUGUAUAGUAUCAAUUAAAUUGUAUGUUUUUCGUGCAUAUUCAUACAAAGAUUUUAAUAAUGUUGUGUUUUUCUUAAGUGAUAUAAUUUUUAUAUGUAUGAGUGAUAAAAUACAUUUUUCUUGAAUACUCAUGUCCAUGUAAUAUUGAACAAGAAAUGUGAUGCGGCGCGAUUGCUAUAUUACAAAGUGAAAAUAUGACGAGUGUACAUAAAAGCGUUACAAUAACGAAAGUGCAAUUCAAAACGCCUAUUAAAUGUUGCUACUGCUUAAUAUUAAUAUUGCUAUGUUGGACCAAUGCGUACAAGGCGUUUAAAAAAAAAAAAAGAAAUGAAAGAAUGACUGAUUG